AUGGCAUCUUUUCGUUUGCCGGUUCAUGUGCAUUGUUCUGCUCAAAAACCUUCCAUCUCAUCGCCCAAUUUUGAUCAUUUCAAGGCCACAGUCUCCUCUGCUUUCAAGCCAUUUUUAAGAGAGAUACAGCAACUUCCCUUGCGAAUAGAUGUUCAUGUCUCCGAAGCCGUCAAGAGCACUUCUGUCAAGUUACUGGAUGCAUUUGUUGAUUCUGUAUUUGAGUUUGUUGAUCAGCCAUUGCUUCCAUCUCAGAGUAAUUUUGCUCCGGUACAAGAGUUGAAAGAAGCUGUUCAAGUUACCAGCAUCCAAGGAGAAAUUCCAGAUGAUUUUCCAGAGGGUGUCUACAUAAGAAAUGGACCAAAUCCCCUUUUUGGAGCGUUAAAAUCAACGAGAUCCAUGUUUGGUAUGUCAAAUCACAUUUGGAUUGAAGGAGAAGGAAUGCUUCAUGCUUUAUAUUUCAGCAAAGGCCUAGAUGGGAGCUGGACUGUUGUUUAUAAGAACAGACACGUUGAAACAGAAACAUUCAAGCUAGAAAAACAAAGGAACAAGCCGUCUUUCCUUCCUGCCAUAGAAGGGGAUUCGCCGGCUAUUUUGUCUGCUUAUUUGCUUAACAUGUUGAGAUUUGGUGAAGUAAACAAACAAAUCAGCAAUACCAAUGUUUUCGAGCAUGCUGGGAAGAUUUAUUCAAUUGCAGAAAAUCACAAACCUCAAGAGGUCAACAUCAUCACACUAGAGACUUUGCAUGAUUGGGAUAUCAAUGGAGCUUGGAAUAGGCCAUUUUCCUCUCAUCCCACGAAAGCUCCAGGCACAGGGGAACUAGUUAUCAUGGGGAUUAAUGCAACUAGGCCAUUUGUUGAAGUGGGAGUAAUUUCAGCUGAUGGAAAGAAAUUGCUCCACAGAGCGGAUCUGAAAUUCAAUAGGUGCAGCCUAUGCCAUGAGAUUGGAGUUACACAGAGGUACAAUGUAUUUAUGGACCACUCUCUAUCAAUAGACUUGAACAGACUUGUUCUUGGUGGCCAAUUAGUAAAAUACGAAAAAGAAGGAGAUGCAAGGAUCGGUGUAAUGCCUCGCUAUGGUGAGGCAGAUUCCAUUCAGUGGUUUGAGGUGAAACGGAAUUGCACAUUUCAUCUCUUCAAUUGUUUCGAGGACGAUGAUGAGGUAGUGAUGUGGGGCUGCAGAGCUCUUGACUCAGUAAUACCAGGGCCUGAUCAGGGAGACAAUAAAUUCGAUUGGUUUUCAAAAAAAUUCAGGUCCGUUACAUCUACUGAUGAAGGAAGUACUGAAGCGGUGUCAGAAGACCAAUUAGUAUUUCCUCGUCCUUAUGAAUGGCGAAUGAACAUGCGAACUGGCGAUAUAAAGGAGAGAAAUCUGACAGGGUCUGAAUUUCCCAUGGAUUUUCCUAUAAUUAAUAAAGCUUGUGUAGGUGUUAAAAACAAAUAUGGCUAUUGCCAAGUACGUGAUUGUAUUGCAAGUUCUGCCUCAGGCAUGGCAAAAUAUGGAGGUCUUGCCAAGCUGUACUUUGAAGAGCAGAACACUGAACUUUCCUUGAGAGAAAAGCAAGUAGAAGGGUUGAUAAAGGUAGAAUAUUAUAUGUUCGAGGAGAACACUUUUGGCACUGGAGCUGCCUUCGUCCCUAAAGAAGGAAGUGCUGAAGAAGAUGAUGGUUGGGUUAUCACUUUCGUUCACAAUGAAGAUGCAAAUAUAUCUCAAGCUCUUAUCAUUGAAGCAAAGAAAUUCUCCGGCGAGCCCGUAGCCAAAAUCACAUUGCCAUUCAGAGUUCCAUACGGUUUCCAUGGAGCUUUUAUGCCAAUGCUACUGCAAAACGAGAUUACGAGGAUAGUUCCCUCUUUGAAUCCCAAAAUAUUAACAAGUAUAUCCCAUUCUUAG